AUGAAAUCAAAGCACAAGCGUCGAUCAUCUAGUACCAAAGAUGUUCGUAAACCCCAAGUUUCUCGUCAAGGGGUGAUUUUUAAUGAGAUACCUACCCCUGCUUCUCCUUCUUCGAAAAAGCGAUUCGCUGCUGAUAUGGAAAAAUACCUCUCCAAGAAGAAAAAGCGAUUGGCUGCUGAUAUGGCAAAACAACUCUCCAAGAAGAAAAAGCGAAGGGUGAUUCAUACCUCAGAAUCUCACGUGGAUACAUCUGUUAUUACACCACCCAUAACCUUUUACCAUUCUUUUUCCUUCACAAUCAACUGA